AUGUUGUCAAGAGGAGUUAAUUCAAGUUUAAAAAGAACUGCUCAAAGAGCACUCAAGUCAAAUGUUGCCACCACUAGUUUGAAAUUUUCCAGCGUUCAAGCUACUAGAUCUCUUCAUAAUCAACCGAUUACCAAAACUCACCACAACACCAUCAACAAUAAAUUCGCUUCCUUGUCUUUAGGUUCUGUUAGAUAUGCGUCUACCAAAGUCAAAGUACCAGAUAUGGCUGAAUCAAUCACUGAAGGUACUUUAGCUGCUUUCAAUAAAGAAGUUGGAGAUUUUGUAAAUUUAGAUGAAACUAUCGCUACUAUUGAAACUGAUAAGAUUGAUGUUGAAGUCAAUGCUCCAGUUAGUGGUACUAUCACCAAAUUUUUAGUUGAUGUUGAAUCAACUGUUGAAGUUGGACAAGAAAUUGCUGAAAUUGAAGAAGGCGAUGCUCCAGAAGGUGGUGCUUCAGCCAAGAAGGAAGAAUCAUCAUCGGGUAAGGAUGAAGGAGAACAACAAAAGGAAGAGCCAAAGAAAGAGGAACCAAAGAAGGAAGAAUCCAAACCAGAACCUAAAAAAGAAGAACCAAAGAAAGAAUCUAAACCAGCCCCUCCAAAGAAGGAAUCAUCAUCACCAAAGAAACAAGAAACUUCCUCUUCUUCAGAUGCUCCAACUUUUACCAACUUUUCUAGAAGUGAAGAAAGAGUCAAGAUGAACAGAAUGAGAUUAAGAAUUGCUGAACGUCUUAAGGAAUCACAAAACACUGCUGCUUCAUUAACUACAUUCAAUGAAGUUGACAUGUCCAAUUUAAUGGAAAUGAGAAAAUUAUACAAGGAUGAAUUUUUGGAAAAAACUGGAAUCAAAUUAGGUUUCAUGGGUGCAUUCUCCAAGGCUGCUUGUUUGGCUGCUAAAGACAUCCCAGCUGUCAAUGCCUCCAUUGAAAACAAUGACACCUUAGUUUUCAGAGAUUAUACUGAUAUUUCAAUUGCUGUUGCUACACCAAAGGGUUUAGUCACUCCAAUUGUUCGUAAUGCCGAAUCAAGAUCAAUUUUGGGUAUUGAAAAAGAAAUUGCUGCCUUGGGUAAAAAAGCCAGAGAUGGUAAAUUAGCCUUGGAAGAUAUGGUUGGUGGUACAUUCACCAUUUCUAAUGGAGGUGUCUUUGGAUCCCUUUAUGGUACUCCAAUUAUUAAUAUGCCACAAACUGCCGUAUUAGGAUUACAUGGUGUCAAACAAAGACCAGUCACUGUUAACGGACAAAUCGUUUCUAGACCAAUGAUGUAUUUGGCCUUGACUUAUGAUCAUAGAGUUUUGGAUGGUAGAGAAGCUGUUACAUUUUUAAAGACUAUUAAAGAAUUGAUUGAAGAUCCAAGGAAAAUGUUACUUUUGGAAUAA